UCGAAGAAGGCACAGUUUCUGUGGUUUGUGAAAUAACUGCUGGUGUUCCGAGCAAGAACGACUUUCAAUGGGAAAGAAUGUCUGAUAGUUCCAAAGUCUCCAUGAAGCAGACUCUUAUUUUCGCCAACAUUGAUCGAAAACAGACUGGAUACUACAAAUGUACAGCUUCGAACUACAUGGAACCUACAAGACAUGACGCAUCCGUCGGCAUCAGCAGCAAUACAGUCUACAUUGAUGUGCAAUACGAAGCAGAAGUAGCGAGUUUUACAUUAUUGAAUGCUAAUCACGGGCAAAACUUUGAAGUAAAUGAAAACACAAAAGUCUUAUUUUAUUGCCAAGCUCAUAGUAAUCCAUCAUCAAAUUUAGCAUUGUUAAAGCAAAGCCAAUAUUUGAAAACAGCCAGUGACGCAAAACAAUUGGAUUUCACGAUCAGCAAAAGUGUUUGUGAAGACGAAGGCAUUUACCAGUGUACAGCACAAAACGAACAUAAUACUAAAGCUAAUAUCAGGUCCUUGGAGCUAUUUGUUCGAUGUGCUCCUCGUGCAUCAGCAUUGUCCCAGAGAGACCAGAACGUCACAAUUGCACCUGGAGAGCCUGCAGCGUUUACUCUUAAGUUAGUAGCGUUUCCGCGACCAAGAGCUAAGGACUUUGUUUGGGAAAAGAAGGUUUCGGCGUCUAGUACAUGGAAUAUUGUUUGUAAUGACACAGACAUCGUCAUAACUAUUUCUACAGACGGACUUCAAACUAAAUUAUUCUUCAGUUCCGUAGAUGAAAAGGAUUUCGGGUAUUACCGCGUACAUGUCAACAACGAGCUUGGAAACUAUACUGAAACGUUUCUACUGCAGGCACAAGAUGACAGUGCUGGUUCAGUUAUUGCCGGUGCUGUGUGCGGACCUCUUGCGGCAGUUUUAGUCGUAACUGUGGUCGUGGUUAUUCUUAGACGGAAAUAUACAGUGAACUGUAACUUUGAAAGAAAAAGAGAUGUGACUGCUGCGCAAUCUGUAUCCGAUACAGACAAUCCUGAAAAUAUCGAAGUUCAUACGUACGAUGAAUUAUCCAUGCCAAAUGCCGCAUCGGUUAACGACGCGCUAAACGAUCGAGGAAAUGGAACAGGGGUCACCGUCGCCUGUCCGGAUUUACAGACGUCAGACACUGACGAGACAUUGUUAAAAACUGUUUACAAUGUCGCUACCCGUGGCAGACCUCGCUCCGUGGCCAGAUCUGAGAAAAUGUCACAAUCCGCAAAACCGUACAGGAAACAAAGUCUUAGCAAAACGCGGACUGAAAAUGGCCCGGAUUUCCCCAUCGCCCAAAAUAGUAACAGUGAUGCAGGUCAUAUUGACAGCGGUGGUCACCAGGCGGAACGGAGUCAGACCGUUACAGCAUAGAACACUAAUGAGAAGAUCACGCUGAAAUGUACGGUGUUAAAUGUUCAAGGACUUAUAAGUAGACGAACUAAUAAAUUACAAUCUCCAGAAUUAAUUAGUAUUUUUCAGACAAAUGAUGUUAUUUUAUUAACAGAAACUUGGACUAACGAAUUUUCCGAUUUACAUGUUAAUAAUUUUGAAUGCUAUGUUUUAAAUAGGGAAGAAAAUAAGCCAAAUAGUAAACGAUCAUCUGGUGGUAUAAUUGUCUAUUUGAGGGAUACUUAUGUGACGAACGACACUUUGAUUUUCACAAGUAAUGACGAUAUUUUAUGUAUUAAAAUCAAUGGUUCGACCUUGGGGUUAGAUAAUGAUUUGUAUUUCUGUUUAUCGUAUGUUGUACCGGAAAAUAGUAGUAGACAAAGUUUAAUUGAAAGACAUACUUUUGAUAGGUUACUUUCCCAUAUAACCGAUAUUGAAUCAAAUAAUUCAAACUUUUAUUUUGUGCUUUGUGGAGACUUGAAUGCACACACGUCGGAUUACCCAGAUUAUGUUACAGAUGAUAAUUAUACACAUAUAAAUGAUUUUUUACCCGAUAACUAUAUAACUGAUGUACCUAUUGCGCGAUGUUCGAAGGAUAAAG